GGCAAAAUGUCAAGAAGCCGCUGUCCUCUGAGCCCCAGAUGAUGUGCGCUCUUUCCCCGAGCAAGGACUCGCUUUGAAGAGGUGCUCCUGGCCCCCGGGCACAGCAGCUGGCGCUAAUUGGUCAGUGUUUUGAGGAGAUCGGACCCCCGGCGGGAGCCUGUCCAAGCCGCGGCGGAGCGACACAAGAGCCCUCAGCCGCCGGCCGAGUGAGGCGAGAGAGAGGGGGGUGAGAGCUCUGGAGCCAUGGACGCGGGCGUGUGCGUUCUGGAGCUGCUGGGCGUCUUCUUGUCCCUGGCCGCCUGGCUCUGCUCGCUGGCCACCGCCAUCAUGCCACAGUGGCUGACCCUCUCCACCGACCUGCUGCCCACGGAGAGCUAUGAGCUGGGCCUCUGGGAGACGUGCGUAGUGCAGGACCUGGGUGGCAUGGAGUGCCGGCCGUAUGACAGCCUGCUGGGUCUGCCUCCAGACAUCAAGCUGGCGCGGAUCCUCAUGUGCCUCGCGGUGGCCACAGGCCUCCUGGGAGUGCUCUUGCCCAUCCCGGGGCUGCACUUCGUCAACAGCUGCUGCGGCGAAGACGAGUGCGGCGCCAAGCGGGUCCUCAAGAUGCUGGGAGGGGUCUUCUGCUUCCUGGCGGGGGCGCUGGGCCUGGCCCCCGUCUCCUACAUCGCCCACCUGACCGUGGUGCGCUUCUUCGACGAGUCCGUGCCGGAUGUGGUGCCACGCUGGGAGUUCGGCGAUGCUCUGUUCUGCGGCUGGGCAGCGGGCUUCCUGCACCUGGUGGCCGGGGUCUUGCUGGUCACCUCCUGUCUAUGCGUGCGGGUACGGGGGGACCACCGCCGUCACCCCCGCGCGGCUUGGCGAAGACCACCAACGUCUGCGGCGGAGAGAUCCGGGAAAAGGACGGAAUACGUCUGAGCGGCGGCUCUCACGUCCCGUAGAGUCCCUGAGUCAAAGAGCAACAUUCAGUUUGCCCUCUUCCUUUCCGAGGUGAAUCGUUGCCGUUUCCUCCGUCCUCCUCCGUGUGCUUUACUAAGUAGUCGCCGGCGGUGCUGCUGCCA